AUGUCGGCGCACCACAAGAAAAGGUACUACCCACCGCAACCAUCACGCGGCGAGGACAGAGACGCCACAAGCCACACCACCUACUCCGCCCGCAAAGUCGCCAUACAAGGCCCUCCUGCUCUCCGGACAGCAAAAAGCUGUUCUUAUAUUUCUCCCGCCGACAGGAGCAAUUUGAAAAAGAAGGGGAAAGGAAUCAUGAGCUGGCGUGGGGCGUAUAGCGCCUCGGCUGGGGCUGCAGCACAAGAGCCAUCCGGUGGACCACCUCCAUGGCUGCAGCGCAAGACCGACUCCUCGUCAGCCACACCUUUCGACUCUGUUGGAUCCCCCAGAUUCGCAGCCUCUCAGAAACCGUUGGGGGCCGAGGCCGGUGGGUCGCAUUGGAAGAAGAAGGUGCCCACUGGUCCAGCUGCUAUGGCGAGCCCACCUGUCCCGGCGGCUCAACCCAGUCGCGUGCAAUGGGCGGCCAGAGAACCACCAACGCAGCCAAGAUCUUUAUUAGACUCCAAUCCCCCUGUAUCGCCGUCCACUUUGCCUCCCAUAAUGGCGAAAGCCCCUUCGCCAGAUUCGGUCGAUCAACCCUCUUCCAACAUGGGCGAGACGCAACCUUCCCAGCCUGUGGCACCGCACGACCACAUAUCAACCAAUCUCUCCUCUCAUUCGUUUCAUCAAAACCCCCAACCAUCCAGCCACCAACUCUCCCUUAAUGCAUACAUAUCAAUGCCGGCGCUCUCCGCGGCAAAUUCGCCGUCUCCUCCAUCUCCACCAUCGCGACCACCCGCGCUUCAGCGAUGGUUCGAAGCGAGGAGACGUGUUAGUACAAAUGACGGCCAAUCUGAUGCUUUACAACAAAAGCCUUCAGAGAUUUCAAACAUCGACAAGCAUCAGGAGGGCUCGUCCCAAGACGUGACUGGCGGGUUGACUACAGGGCGGUCAGAGCUGGGACUGGAAAACGCUUCGACGAGUCAGAAUGUGGAAAUGGACGAUGAAGAGCGAGAUGUGAAGCCUAGUGCCGAAGCGUUGGAAAAGGCUUUGGAGCAGGCUGUGCCGAGAGUGAAAGAGGAAGAUCGUCUUGAAGGUUGCUUGGCGCUGACACGCGAGCAGCUCCCAAAAGAUGUCUGGUCACCCAACCCAUCGAUUAGGCGGGAGGCUCGAGGCAAAAUACGCGAGCAGCAAGAAAAAGAGUUGAUCAAGAUGGGUCGGAAGCUCGUCAAAAGUCGAUGGAUGAGCGACGGAGUGGCAUAUGACUGGAAACUCGUCAAGCAAAUCAGCCUCGCUGAGGAUCAAGGCUGCCAGAUUGUCAAAGGCGAUAUCGCCGUAACUAUCCCCGGCUUGUCUGCGAUGGACCCAUCUGGUGCCAUGGAUGUGGACGCUGUCAGCCUCGAGACGGCCUCUGGUCAACAGGAGAUUGAGACCCAAGUCGACGGAUCAGGUAGACAUUCGUCAAGGCGUAACGUCAUGGCGCUGGCUGUGUCGGCAGCCGCCACCCAACCAGCGCCUGUCUCCGGGCUGCCGAUGUCGCGUGAGAGCUCGCGGGAUAAACGAGAGUCUGAGAAUGACGUGGCAACAACGGUAUCGCCUACACAGACUCCCAUCGCUGUUAUCAUACCUUCUGAAACGACCACGAGUACUUUCAAUCGCGUGCCGCCGUCUUCCAUCCCGGCCAAACCCGUCACAGGAGCGCCUGCGAGCAUAGAAUCCACGUCGGUCCAUCUUCCAAAGCCUCCUUCUUCUUCUAAUCCGAGUCGGGCUAUAAAUCCGACUACGAACCCUUCGGUCAAGCCAAAUACAAAAGCCGAAGCCAAAUGGGGUCCUGUCAUCAUCGGUCGACCGCCCAAAAGCGGUCCUAUCGACAGGAUCUACAAGUACGAGCUUGAAAUCCCCCCUUAUAUUCAAAUCACUGCGGCUGGCAAGUUUACAGCGCAAUUCCAGACUUGGAAGCUCAAACAUCGAGAUGACAUGUCGGACCAAUCCUCUCGUGGCUGUCCAUCACGAGAGGUCUUCUUGAACCAUGAUGGACCAAACAAGUGCAAGAGUUUGCAAGUCCGAGUGGUACCCAUUGACAUGCAGGACCCCUCUUCUUGGCCUUUGUCCAUGUUCCCCGACAUCGUCGAGUACGUGAUCCCCGAUCACGUCAAACCUCGACACGGCGAGGUCAACCCUCGCUCUGCUUUGUUCCGGACAUGGGAAAAGACUUGCAUGGACAUGGCUUCGAACCCAGAUCAGUGGGGUCGCCCCACGAGAUGGGUCAAGUCCAUGUUCUGCCCGAGUAUGAGCAAGGGUAGUUUGAGGGUGCGAUGGCGAGCAAAGACGGCGACAGCGAUUGCGAGCUAUGAAGGUGCACCAAUCGUCUUGCCCGGGAAGGGAGAUCACAAAGACAAGAGUUUGAAGGACCGGGAGUUAGAAAUGGUAAAGGAAAGGGAGCAGGGAAAGGUCAAAGACAAGGGGAAAGCCAUCCACGGUGAUUCUCAGCCCGAAAAAAGGCUGAGGUCAGAGUUUAUGGACGAUCAAGACUCUUCGAGGAAGAAGUCAAGGCGAGUGUCAGAGUCAAAUGGCGAGCGCGAAUGGGAUAAAGGCAAGAGGGAGGGUGUCUAUCUUGAUGAGGGCCCCAGGAGUAGGCGCCGUGAGAAGGAGAAGGAGAGGGGCACCAAGCCCUCUGGUGGUGGGAGAGGGAAGGAGAAGGAGACUUCGCGUGAAAGAGAUAGUGGAUGGAGUGGAAUGGAUGCUGGGAAAGCGAAGGAGACUGGAAAGGAGAAAGAGAAAGAGCGAGUUGGACGCGAAUCGCCGUCAAAGGCACCGCGUCCCACGGCUGCUUCCUUCUUCGAUGAUGGACCCUUUCCUCAGGCAGGUAUUCCUGCCACCCCGGUUAGCGGGACGUUCUCCUCGCCAUCUGCCUACGCCCCUGCUCUGCCACCCGCUAUGGCGAUGGUCAGACAGCCAGUGGCCACUACUUCUCUCAUUGCAGAGCAUUCAAGCUCCAGUAUUGCUGGUGUGUCGAUGAGUAUCCCCGCUACUGUCGCCGCUGGCCAUGAAGCACCACAAACACCGACCAACCCUCAUCCUUCCGUUUCCAUGGCCCGACCCGCGCCGGUGUCUUCUACCCAUUCAACCCCCACAAUCAGCUCACCUCUCUUAGAUGAACUUGCUUUGGGAGUUCGUCAAAAGAUGAACGAGAUACAGACUUGGACGCAGAUGUUGAACGAUUUUCCGGAUAUGGCGGACCCCAUGAGGGUGCAGAUCGAUAGGACACAGACCGAGAUCUUUCGGCUCUAUGCCAAGAUGGGACAGGAGAAAAAGAGGUUGAUGACUGGGGAGUAAACAGUGGAAGGGAGAAGAGAUGGGGCGACCGGUUAAUCUUUAGAAGCGGGGAUGGACGAGGGUCUGUAUUAUUCUUACGACAUUAUCGGUGGGCAAGAGAGACGAUUCACGACAACAUAUAGUAUUUCCUGCACAGUUUAUAGUAUCAUGAUUUCCCAUCGUAGACAUUACGACCACAAACAUUCUGUACAAGUACCAUCGCAGUCACAUGCAUUUU